UCUGUUCUCCAUGGCUGGAGUGAAUGCAUGAGUGACCUACAUAUCACACAUGAGAAAGAACCAAGAAAUCUAUACGUCAACACUGAGGAUCGCCCAGACAUUACAUUCUUUGAUGCAGAAUCAGGACAAAAUCUAGAUGUUGACAUAUCAUUGGCACACCCAUGGAGUCAAGGCAUUCUAAAACAAUCCAAUAGGGAGGAUGGGUUUGCUGCCCGCACAAGAGAAGAGAAGAAGACCAAUAAGUAUACAGGAGAAAUUCUACCAGGAGGGACGUCAUCAAAGUGUAUACCACUAGUGUUUGAGCACUUUGGUAGAUGGGGCCUGCAAGCCGAUGCCUUCUUACACACUCUCUCAAAACAGUGCAGCCGUAUUGAGGAAGACCCCUUUCGUAGUGCAGAACAAUUCAAAACUUUUUGGAGGAAACGGUUCUCUUUGAUUCUUCAAAGAUGCAACGCAAAAGUAAUCCUCAAAAAGUUGUCAAGAGUUUCAGAAACAAAGGAUGGCAUGGACAAGCUUUUCGACUUUAAUGUACAGAUCCAAGUCCACUAAUGUUUUAAAGUAUUUUGAUAUGAAGGACUGGUUCAUUAUAGAAGUUUAGGAUGUGUACAAAUAGAGGAUCUGUAACAAUAAAAUAAUCUGUCUGUCUGUCUGU